AUGGGCGGUACCAGCUUUUCCAAAGGCGUUGGUGUCUCUGCAGUCAGGAUCAGCACUGCCGAGACCCAGAGAGCGUAUCUGGGCACUGAGGUCGAUUGGACCGUGUGCACGGCCCAGUUGAAAGGCGUCGAGGUGGCCCUGUUCCUCUCUCUUCCGGGAGGCACCCUGCUGAGCUGCAGCCCUGGCAGACAAACACAACUUUCGACCGAGAGCGAGGUUGCAGAAUUUUACGGCCAAGCGGACUGCGGGAUGCGGGAACAGCCCGGGACAACAGAUACUCCGGCUGGUUUCAGCUGCUAA